AUGUCCCAGGACGGGGACGCAGAGAGCUCCAGCUCCGAGGACCCCGAAGGAGCAAGCUCCCGGCUGGCCCUGACUCGGAGGCUGCCAGGGGCUAGGACUGGGGCUGGCACCAGGAAGAGGGUCCUGAGGAAGAAGGCAGCGGGAGAUGCGGGCUACAAGGUUGGGAGCGCCGCAGGGGCCAGCCUGGGGGUCUUGGAGCCCCCAGCGGUGGGACAGAGUGGGGAGUCCACGCCUGGCCCCAGGUCCCGCGUUCGGCUGCACGCAGCACCUUCUAGGGGGCGGGCGCAGGCCUGCAGGAGGCUCCGGGUUUCUCUGUACGAUGUCUUAGCUGGGCACUGCCCUGGGAGUCUUUGUAGCAGAACUGCCAUUCUCCAGAGAGCCGUGCUGGGCAGGGGGAGGCCUGCAGAGGUGGAGGAGGCGAGCGGCCCUGGGCCCCAAGGCGCUGCAGAUGGAGAACUGGGCUCUCCAGGGUGUGAUGGAAGGAGCCCCACCGUCAGCAAAGAGGAGCCCCCAGGACAGGGCCUGCUGUCCUCAGCAGGCCCAGCCCCCCGGAGGGCAAGAAAGAGACGCAGGAUGGGUAGCAGGAUGGGUAGGGCCCGUUCAAAAGGUAGGGGGCAGACAGCCAGCCUCUUGCGGCUUGAUCUGAGCCCAGGUGGGGACAGUCCCCAGUCUGGGGGGGAACUCCUGCAAGGUGCUGACCCAGAGUCCUGGGGAGGCUCCUGCAGACCCCUUUCUCCCAAGGACACUGGGUCCGGGCCUGGAGGUGCAGGUGGGAGUUUGGCAGGGUGCUCCCCAGGGCCUGGAGCGUGGGGGUGCUUGCCCACUGUCGGGGCUGGCAGCCCCUCCAGCCCUGUGGGCUUCCCGGUGCCUGGUGGGGGAGAGUCCCUGCAGCCAGAGGCCCCGUCGCCUCCACCGAGCCCUCCCUUGUGCCUGGGGGUGUCAGGACAGCAAGAAGUAGCUGAGCACAGCAUGUGGGCUGCCGACGACCACGAAGGCCCCACUGCUUCCCAUGGCCGGGAGGGGCUGGCACCCAGUGCUGAGUCCGCAGCCAGUACUGAGCCAGUGCCCGAGGAUGGGCUGGGGCAAGGGCUGGCCGCCCUCCUUGACCCCUGUGCCAGCUCCCUGGAGCCCUCCGGCAGCCGCAGCUGCUCCCCGGAGCCUGAAGCCAGCACGGCCUGCUCAGACCCAUUCACGGAGCUGAGAUCCAAGCCCAGGAAGGGGCCAGAGCCCUGCGCCCAAGACUGCGAUGCAGACAGACGCUCAGACAACUCCAGCCAGGACCAGCCGGGGGAACCCAGCCCUGGAGGCUGCUCCACACUGGACAAGGUGGACAGGCCCCGUGGUGUGAAGCUUGUGUGUUACCUACUGGGGUCCGGGGCAGUGCUCCAGCUCCUGGGGGCUGUCAGCCACCACCCAGCAGGGGGCCAGCUGCCAGCAAAGCCGGAGGACCUGAUGGAAGUCAGCUCGGCCUCACCUGCCCGACGGCGCAGACGGAAGGAAAGGUCCCUGGCUCAGGGCCCUGCGGGGUGCCAGGUACAGAGCAGGCUUCCUGCACCUCCUGAACUCCGGGACUCCGGGGGCCUCUCUAACCUUUCCUGUCCCCCAAGAAGCCGAGCUCUGCCCCUCAGGGAGCCCAGCUCUGAGGCUGGGUGUUCACAGUGCGGCCCAACAGAGGCUGAAGUGGAGGAGACCCUACCCAAGGGAGCAGAGGACUCGAUUCAGCUUCGGCUCCAGCAGGAGAGGCUCCCGCUGGACUUGGCGGUCCAAGGCACCGUGGUCCGUGCCAUCCACGAGGCGCUGAGGAGUCGCCUUCGGGAGCUUCCCGACCUGGUGCUGAGCGAGGAGGCAGUGGAGGCCAUUGCCACGGGCAUCGAGGCCGCCCUGUUCGCCCUCACACAAGGCACCAACUGCCGCUACAAGACCAAGUACCGCAGCCUGCUCUUCAACCUGCGCGACCCCAGGAAUCCAGACCUCUUUCUCAAAGUGGUUCAAGGUGAAGUCACCCCCCACGACCUGGUGCGGAUGAGCUCCAUCCAGCUGGCCCCCCAGGAGCUGUCCCGCUGGCGGGACCAGGAGGAGAAGAGGGUCCUGGAGGUCAUCGAGCAGCAGCAGAAGGAGCUGGGCAGCCUUCCAGCCUCCAAGCUGACCCACAAGGGAGAAGUCGAGAUCCCACGGGACCUCGACCAGACGCUGGCCCUGGAGGACCUGGUGGGAUCCCUGGUGUCCGUGGACUGCAGCAGCCCUCCAGCCCUGCCUGCCACGGCCGAGGACACCACCGAGCAGCACGAGCACCACUUCCUGGACCCCAACUGCCGCAUCUGCAUGGACUGGGAUCCCACAAGUGAGCUGCCAGGCUUCUUCAAAGCCACCAGCACCGGCAAGCACAGUGUCUUCCAGAGAGCCCCAAGCCCAGCUCCCGUGGCCACCACAGAGACGCCCAAAGCCAGGGAGACACCUCCCCUGAAGCCCCGGGACAGGCCCCAGGUGCCUGCUGCACCCACAAAGGCCCUGCCCAGCCAGCCGCCCUGGGAGGGUGCGCUUGACAUGUUCUCCAUCAAGCGGUUCCGGGUCACGGCCCAGCUGGUCUUGGGACACAGCUGUCGCCUCAUCCAGGCUCUGCCCGAUGUCCUGCGCUCAGCAGGCUGCAUCCCCCCCAACACCAUCUGGGACCUUCUGGCCAGCAUCGACCCAGCCAAGGCCAAGGACACGUGCGUGAUCAGACUGUGCCCACACGGGGCUCGGGAUACCCAGAACUGCCGCCUGCUCUACUCCUACCUCAACAACAAGCAGCGCCACGGCCUGGCAGCUGUGCAGCAGGUGGGCGUGGUCCUGCUGCCCCUGCCUGCUUUCCAGCCCCUGCCCACCAGGCUGCGCCCCCUGGGAGGCCCAGGCCUGGAAGCCACUCACUCAAGCCUGUUGCUGGCCGUGCUGCUCCCCAAGGAGGGGCUUCCAGAUACAGCAGCCGCCAGCCCCUUGUGGGGAAAGGUCCGCAAGGUGGUUUCCUUCAACAGGAAAGUGGAGACGAGAUGCUACCAGCCGGAGGACAGGCGGCCAGAGGUGGCCCCGAAGGGCUCCCCUGCCCCAGGGGGCGCCCUGCAGCAGGCCCAGGGAAGGGGCAGGCUGGCUCCCAGGGCCACCUUUGCUUGGCAGAGGUUCCCCGGAGGCAGGGGGAGACUGUCGGCAGAGCCUGGAACCUGGCAGGGUCCUGGACAAGGGCAGCAGCCCCCAGAACCAGGCUGGUGCCAGUCCUGGCACUCCUGUUCAGCAGCACCGGGAGGCCGUGGCUUUGGCCUCCCGAAUCUUCAGCAUCUCCACAGGGCUUCCUGUCCCCACCAAGCCCUGCUGCAGCACCUGCAGUCCCUGGUGACCGUGAGUCACCAGCUCCAGGCCUCACUGCUGCCCCCAGGCCAGGAGCCCUGUCCCAGCUCCUCUGCAGCAUCCGGUCAGCCCCCUGCAGUCCCUGGGACUCUCAGCUACCUCUGCUGGCCCCCAGCAGCUCCAGGACUCCCUGGCUCAGCCCCUGACUCCUCUUUGGGCCCUACAGAUGGGGCUGGCAGUGAGGGUCCCCUCCCUGGAGAGGGGUGA